UUCCGAUAGCUUAUAUAAACGAAAGGAGACGGGAGACAAACAUCUAUCUAUUUGGCUAGGUUUGUACAGCGUUUGCUUUGGGGGCGAAAAAUUCAGCCUUUUCCGAUUUGCACCAAAUUCAACAGAGAACAACACCAUUUGUGGAUUGCUGUAAACUGCAUUAUUUGGCUGUUAGCUAAUGGACAAGGGGGUGCCACCUAGCCUCUUCGUCAAUGACGGUUCUUUCAUGGAGAGGUUCAAGCAACUUCAGCAAGAGCAGGAGAAAGGGAAGAAUGUCAAAUUGGAGGAUUCUAAACCAAUUAAGGUUAAUUCAGGGUCUUUGUCUCCCAAUCACUCCAUUACCAAAACGCCCGUGGACUUGAAGGUUAAUGACACAAGAAAAACAUCUCAGGGUGGUUCCAGUGGCAAGCUAGCUUUCAGUUUAAAACAAAAGUCAAAGCUGGUGCCACCCCCUGUUAAGUUAAGUGUUGAUGAGGAUGAAGAAACUGAAGCUGGGUAUGUUUCAAAUGAUGCACCACUAAAACGGCAAAAGUUAGGCCAGGAGGAAGGCAUUGACCAAUCAUCAAGACAACUUGAUGUUGCACCUCAUUCCCCAAGUGAUCCUACAGUGAAGAAAGUUGCUGACAAACUGGCAAGUUUUGUGGCUAAAAAUGGAAGGCAAUUUGAGGAUGUAACACGCCAAAAAAAUCCUGGGGAUACACCUUUCAAAUUUUUGUUUGAUGAGAGAUGUGCUGAAUACAAGUAUUAUGAAUAUCGGCUUGCUCAAGAAGAAGAUGCUCUUGGGCAAUCAAGGGAAUCACAGGUGCCUCGUAACGGGGGUACAAGCACUUCAUCUUCCAAACAGGCUAGUGGUCAUCAGAGAUCAUCUCAGCAGCAUACAUACCAAAUUCCUGCAUCUGCUUUAUAUGAAAGUCCUGACAAUCCAAGAGCUUCUGGAUUUUCAAUUCAAACAUCACCAGUAGGAAGCAGUGAAGAGCCCAGUGGUUCAUCAAAUGCUGAUUCUUUGGCGCUAAUGGAGUUCUACAUGAAAAAAGCUGCACGGGAGGAGAAGUAUAAACAACCUAAGCAUUCAAAAGAUGAGAUGCCCCCUCCUGCUUCUCUUCUAGGCAAAAAAGGCCAUCACAUGGGUGAUUUCAUUCCUCCAGAAGAACUCGAGAAGUUCUUGGCUACCUGUAAUGAUGCUGCAGCGCAGAAAGCUGCUAGGGAGGCUGCAGAGAGGGCUAAGAUUCAGGCUGAUAAUGUAGGCCACCGGCUCCUGUCAAAAAUGGGUUGGAAAGAAGGUGAGGGUUUGGGUGGAUCCAGGAAGGGUAUUGCGGAUCCUAUCAUGGCUGGUAAUGUUAAGAAGAAUAACUUGGGGGUUGGUGCUCAGGAACCUGGGGAGGUGAGUGCAGAGGAUGACAUAUACGAGCAGUACAAAAAGCGGAUGAUGCUUGGCUACCGUUACCGACCCAAUCCCCUGAACAAUCCCCGCAAGGCUUAUUACUGAACUUGACAGUGGGAGCUGUCUGCAAGUCUUUUCAGGAAAAAAGUGAACUUUUCACAAUGUUGGAUGAACUGGUGUGUUGAUAGUAGGGUUUUUAUUGUGCGUUGCACUGCUUGUAAGUCUGCUGAACUUAAGAUUUGGGGGAGAAAAGAGGGGGAAGGGUGUAAUGUUCAUUACAGCCGCAUUUUUAUCCGCCAAAGAAUAAUGGGUUUUUUUUUUUUUGUUACUUUUACUUGUCAGAGCUUUUGAAAGAUGUUUUUUUAUCGCUAGUAUAUUAUGAAGUGGUACAGGGAUAUUACGGUGUAUAAGGUUUGUUUAAUCCGGGAAACCUAGUCUUUUAGAUAUUGAUAAUAGUCUGAUGAUAUCUUAAAUGAGGAACCUGGCUUUUUAUUGUCA